GAGACGCCGGCACCGCGCUGGGGUAGGAGCGGCGGCGGCGGCCGCAGCAGCAGCAGCAGCGGCAUCGGCAGCAGGUGCGCGGCCUGGACCCCAGCCGUUAGCGCGAGAGGAGGCGGUGCUAACUCGGGGACCCGAGACACCUGCAGCGGCCGCUAGCCUGGCGCCGGUGACAUUCUUGCGCCCAGUGUAGAACACAGAAACUGCAGCCAUGACCACCCACGUCACCCUGGAAGAUGCCCUGUCCAACGUGGACCUGCUGGAAGAGCUGCCCCUCCCAGACCAGCAGCCAUGCAUCGAGCCCCCGCCCUCCUCCAUCAUGUACCAGGCCAACUUUGACACGAACUUCGAGGACAGGAAUGCAUUUGUUACAGGCAUUGCAAGGUACAUUGAGCAGGCAACGGUCCAUUCCAGCAUGAAUGAAAUGCUGGAGGAGGGACAUGAGUAUGCCGUCAUGCUGUACACCUGGCGCAGCUGUUCCCGGGCCAUUCCCCAGGUGAAGUGCAAUGAGCAGCCCAACCGAGUGGAGAUCUAUGAGAAGACUGUGGAGGUGCUGGAACCGGAGGUCACCAAACUCAUGAAGUUCAUGUACUUCCAGCGCAAGGCCAUCGAGCGGUUCUGCAGCGAGGUGAAGCGUCUGUGCCACGCCGAGCGCAGGAAGGACUUUGUGUCCGAGGCCUACCUGCUGACCCUGGGCAAGUUCAUCAACAUGUUCGCCGUCUUGGACGAGCUGAAGAACAUGAAGUGCAGUGUCAAGAACGACCACUCUGCCUACAAGAGGGCGGCACAGUUCCUGAGGAAGAUGGCGGACCCCCAGUCCAUUCAGGAAUCGCAGAACCUCUCCAUGUUCCUGGCCAACCACAACAGGAUCACCCAGUGUCUCCACCAGCAACUGGAAGUGAUCCCUGGCUACGAGGAGCUGCUGGCGGACAUCGUGAACAUCUGCGUGGAUUACUACGAGAACAAGAUGUACCUGACCCCCAGUGAGAAGCACAUGCUCCUCAAGGUUAUGGGCUUUGGCCUCUACCUGAUGGAUGGAAAUGUCAGUAAUAUUUACAAACUGGAUGCCAAGAAGAGAAUCAACCUUAGCAAAAUUGAUAAGUUCUUUAAGCAGCUGCAGGUGGUGCCCCUGUUCGGCGACAUGCAGAUAGAGCUGGCCAGAUACAUUAAGACCAGUGCUCACUAUGAAGAGAACAAGUCCAAGUGGACGUGCACACAGAGCAGCAUCAGCCCCCAGUACAACAUCUGCGAGCAGAUGGUUCAGAUCCGGGAUGACCACAUCCGCUUCAUCUCGGAGCUGGCUCGCUACAGCAACAGUGAGGUGGUGACAGGUUCCGGGCUGGACAGCCAGAAGUCGGAUGAGGAGUACCGGGAGCUGUUCGACCUGGCCCUGCGGGGCCUUCAGCUGUUAUCCAAGUGGAGUGCCCAUGUCAUGGAGGUGUACUCCUGGAAGCUCGUUCACCCCACGGACAAGUUCUGCAACAAGGACUGCCCGGGCACCGCGGAGGAGUACGAGAGAGCCACGCGCUACAACUACACGAGCGAGGAGAAGUUCGCCUUCGUGGAGGUGAUCGCCAUGAUCAAGGGCCUGCAGGUGCUCAUGGGCAGGAUGGAGAGCGUCUUCAACCAAGCCAUCCGGAACACCAUCUAUGCCGCCCUGCAGGACUUCGCCCAGGUGACCCUGCGUGAGCCCCUGAGGCAGGCGGUGCGGAAGAAGAAGAACGUCCUCAUCAGUGUCCUGCAAGCAAUUCGGAAGACCAUCUGUGACUGGGAGGGAGGUCGAGAGCCCCCCAAUGACCCAUGCUUGAGAGGGGAGAAGGACCCCAAAGGCGGAUUUGACAUCAAGGUGCCCCGGCGUGCCGUGGGGCCAUCCAGUACACAGCUGUACAUGGUGCGCACCAUGUUGGAGUCACUCAUCGCAGACAAAAGUGGCUCCAAGAAGACCUUGAGGAGUAGCCUGGACGGACCCAUCGUCCUCGCCAUAGAGGACUUCCACAAACAGUCCUUCUUCUUCACGCACCUGCUCAACAUCAGUGAGGCCCUGCAGCAGUGUUGCGACCUCUCCCAGCUCUGGUUCCGAGAAUUCUUCCUGGAGUUAACCAUGGGCCGGCGGAUCCAGUUCCCCAUCGAGAUGUCCAUGCCCUGGAUUCUAACGGACCAUAUCCUGGAAACCAAAGAACCUUCCAUGAUGGAGUAUGUCCUCUAUCCCUUGGACCUGUACAACGACAGCGCCUACUAUGCCUUGACCAAGUUUAAAAAGCAGUUCCUGUACGAUGAGAUUGAAGCCGAGGUGAACCUGUGUUUUGAUCAGUUUGUCUACAAGCUGGCGGACCAGAUCUUCGCUUACUACAAAGCCAUGGCUGGCAGUGUCCUGCUGGACAAACGCUUCCGAGCUGAGUGUAAGAAUUAUGGAGUCAUCAUCCCGUACCCACCGUCCAACCGCUAUGAGACGCUGCUGAAACAGAGACACGUCCAGCUGUUGGGCAGAUCAAUUGACUUGAACAGGCUCAUUACGCAGCGCAUAUCUGCCGCCAUGUAUAAAUCCUUGGACCAGGCCAUCAGCCGCUUUGAGAGUGAGGACCUGACCUCCAUUGUGGAGCUGGAGUGGCUGUUGGAGGUUAACCGCCUCACGCACCGGCUGCUCUGCAAGCACAUGACUCUGGACAGCUUCGAUGCCAUGUUCCGGGAGGCCAAUCACAACGUGUCGGCUCCCUACGGCCGCAUCACCCUGCACGUCUUUUGGGAGCUGAACUUUGACUUCCUCCCCAACUACUGCUACAAUGGAUCCACAAACCGUUUUGUCCGAACUGCCAUUCCUUUCACCCAAGAACCACAGAGAGACAAACCUGCCAAUGUCCAGCCUUACUACCUCUAUGGAUCCAAGCCCCUCAACAUCGCCUACAGCCACAUCUACAGCUCUUAUAGGAACUUCGUGGGGCCUCCUCACUUCAAGACCAUCUGUAGACUCCUGGGUUACCAGGGCAUCGCCGUGGUUAUGGAGGAACUGCUGAAAAUCGUCAAGAGUUUGCUCCAAGGAACCAUUCUCCAGUAUGUGAAGACCCUGAUCGAGGUGAUGCCCAAGAUAUGCCGCCUGCCCCGGCACGAGUACGGCUCCCCAGGGAUCCUGGAGUUCUUCCACCACCAGCUGAAGGACAUCAUCGAGUACGCAGAGCUCAAAACAGACGUGUUCCAGAGCCUGAGGGAGGUGGGCAAUGCCAUCCUGUUCUGCCUCCUCAUAGAGCAAGCGCUGUCUCAGGAAGAAGUCUGUGAUCUGCUCCAUGCUGCACCUUUCCAAAACAUCUUGCCCAGAGUCUACAUCAAGGAGGGAGAACGACUAGAAGUCCGGAUGAAACGCCUGGAAGCCAAGUAUGCCCCACUUCACCUGGUGCCCCUGAUUGAGCGCCUGGGGACGCCCCAGCAAAUUGCCAUUGCUCGGGAAGGUGACCUGCUGACCAAGGAGCGGCUGUGCUGUGGCCUGUCCAUGUUCGAGGUCAUCCUGACCCGCAUUCGAAGCUACUUGCAGGACCCCAUCUGGCGGGGCCCGCCACCCACCAACGGCGUCAUGCAUGUGGACGAGUGCGUGGAGUUCCACCGGCUGUGGAGUGCCAUGCAGUUCGUCUACUGCAUCCCCGUGGGGACCAACGAGUUCACAGCUGAGCAGUGUUUUGGAGAUGGCUUGAACUGGGCUGGCUGCUCCAUCAUCGUCCUGUUGGGCCAGCAACGUCGCUUUGACCUGUUCGACUUCUGCUACCACCUGCUGAAAGUCCAGAGGCAGGACGGGAAGGACGAGAUCAUUAAGAAUGUGCCCCUGAAGAAGAUGGCUGACCGGAUCAGGAAGUACCAGAUCUUGAACAAUGAGGUUUUUGCCAUCCUGAACAAGUACAUGAAAUCUGUGGAGACAGACAGUUCUACUGUGGAGCAUGUGCGCUGCUUUCAGCCACCCAUCCACCAAUCCCUGGCCACCACCUGCUAGGCAGAUGUGCUGCAGACCUCCACCUGGAGGAGGAGGAGAAGCAGGAGAGGGGACAAUGGUCAGCCUGCAACGGGGUCCAACUGGAAAGUGUGUGGGGUGGACCUGAAAGCAAAUAAGAACCUCCCCAAGCACGUUUGCACCACUCCCAGGGACUGGGCUCGUGCAUGCUCUCCCAUGACAUCUCCAUGGUGGGUUCCAUUGUGUAAAUGAAAAACAAACAAAAAAAACAGGGCAGUGUGUGCUUUCUUUUUGUUUUUCCCUCAACUGUAUUUCGGAACUCCUACUUUUGUCCUUUCUCCAUCCCACCAUCCCCACCAUCUGUGGUUGCUUCCCAAGACCUCCCCGGCAAGCUCGUGCCCUCCUUCUCAGCACCCCCAGGACUGAAGUCUUAGAGACCAAGAAAAGAGUGUGGCCACAUCAGAGGUGUGUGGGCCUGGUCUGACGGUGGUGCAAUAGGGUCCUGGUUUCUUUAGCUCUUCUGGCUCCUCUCCUUCCAGUUCCCUGGUGGCACCUCCUCCUACUCUACAUGUUAGGAAUUCCCCCACCUAGGGUAUGCUUGGACCAGGUGCCAAGAGCCGCAGAGAACCAGGAAGAGGGCCCUGGUGUGGCAUGACGACAGAUGGUGUUAGCUCUGGCUUUUCAUAGGCUUCCCCAAACCCCUUCCCAACUCUCCCAUCUCAGAGAAGUCCCAGAGAAAAGCCAGACGUACUUCCACAAUUGUCUCCUACUGAGGUGGAGACUGGAUUAGGAAAGUAGUCAGGGCUGCUAUGUGGAAGCAGUAUCUCUGAACACAGCCAGGAAUUCCAAAGCCCCAAACAGAAAGCUCUUAGGGCAUCUCAUCAACUCAAGGGUGAGAUGGCUCCUUUCUUCUUUAAGCAAUUACUCAGCACUGGGCCACACAGGGUGAUGGACAUUGGGCAUGCAACACUGAACGAAUCAGCCAUGGUACCACCCACAGCAUUAGCCAGUGACCAAAUUAGUGACCACUUCUUGCCACAGAAUCUCUCAAAAGAAAAUUCCCACAAGAGAGAAAACAUUUCGGGGUUAUUGCAGCAGAAGCCAAAAUCAUCUUGAGAAUUAAGAGGUUAGGAGUAAAAAUCCUACUUGAUAACAAGCCUUUAAUUCCAAGAUGUACCCCAAAGAGAAGUCCUGUUUUAGGGAGUCAGAAUGCCCACUUGUCCUAGCUGCUGAAAGAUUCUUGGAACAUUUUAUCUUUUGCAUUCAGUCUCCUGUUCUCUUAAUGUUCCUCAAGUUAGAUUUUGAGGUACAGAUUCUCACAGGGGUAUAUUUAUUUCCAUUUUCCCCGACUGAACCAAAACUUUCUACAGUCUCUCUCAUCAAGUGUGGCGAGUCCUUCAAAGAGCAGAACCUUGGGGAUGCCCAGGUCUCAAUACAGAGCACAUCAUCUCUAAAGAGCACCUGUGGCCCUGAGCUUCUGAGAACAUAUAAAGUAGGACAUUUAAUGUCCUCAGUCCAAGGAGGAAGACGGAGAAAAUGCAAAGAACAAUAAAGAUCCCCCCUGUCCUAUAGAAGAUGAAUGGACAUGGUUAAAAUGGUCCAUUUUUAACCGCUCAGGAAGAACAAAGGAAAUGUCCAUUACCAGAGUUUGUAACAUGUACUCAUUUGAGUACAGAUUUAGGACCUCGGCAUUCUCCACAAGCUAGCCGAGUUAUACUGGUGCACGUUGAAGUUUGAGAACCACUGCAGUAAAGAAACCAUUCUGUCAGCCUUGGACUUUGAGCUACCUCUGAGCCAAUGGAAAAAAAAAACACAUUUAUAGUUUGGGAAGGUGGUUUGAAAUACAAGCUGGCAAAUCCUUCUAUCUGGUACUGCCGCUUCCUGUUCCAAUUUCUUCUUUUCUCUUGACAACCGUGAAUGAAUCCCAGAGGCAGGAGAGAGAGGUUAUACCACAUGGCAGGACUUCGUGAUAGAACACACCUUCAAAACCCGCUUAGAAUCUCUAGGCUCCAGAACCUUUCAAAUCCUCUGUCCUGUUUGGGAACAGUAGUUGGCUCUCUCUUUCAGAUAGACGAUUAGCUUUUACGUUCUGCCGUUCAUUCUAAGUCCUUAGCCAUUGCUUGCAGAGAUCUGGCCCAUCCAUUGAAUGAGACUGCUAGUUCAACAACUCAUCUCUCCCACCCUACUUUAAUAACACUGAAGUUUACCCUCUGGGAAGAGUCACUUUAUCCUCAAGAUAUUUGACCCUAGUAAAUUGAGGUCUUUCCUUUCAGAAGAGAUUCCCUUUCCUCAGCUCGCCAGCAGUACCUGUUUAUGAACACUGGACAAGUUCAAUAUUUUUUCCUCCCUACUAUUGUUACUGUCCCUCUUUUGAUUUUUUAAAAUGUGUCUAAAAACCAAGAAUAAAAAAGCUUAGAUUUUAACAAGUUUUAAGAAAUUCUGUCAGAAACUGUCAGAUGUACCAUAUUUGUAUUAAGAGUUGUUGGGGAUUUUUGUACAAUGAAUUUACAUUUAUUUAUGGUGACUUAUAUUUACGCUUGUGAUCAAAUAAUGUUAAAUUCUUAAAUCAUAUUUGCUAUGCAGCUGAAGAUGAUAUUUUGGUUUGUAUUUUGGGGGUACCUGUGUUGAGUUGAUAAACAUUUUCAUCUCCAUUAAAACUGCUUCCAAACUAGUAAAACUA